AUGGACAUCGGGUUCACGUGCGCCCAGUGCUUAUCAUUUACCGACUUUGGACAGCCAUGCGGCUCGAUAGACGAACUCCACGGGCGAAUGGAGUCUUAUAAGCUGCUUGCAUUCGCGGCGAGUAACUUCAUGAGCCAGCUACGGUCAUACGGAGGCCGCGGGCCCGCCAUCAAGGGUCAUCUCGCUUCCUUCAAAUGGUUGCUCGAGCCAUGUCGCGACGGACAGCAGAACUUCAUCUCGUGGCAACAAGUCUACCAGUGUGGUGUUCUGGGCCACGCAUUCGUGGUUUUCAAUCCGCUGAAAUACAUCAUCGAGAACAACAUGCUCCACCUCCUAGACGUGUUCCUCCUUGACACGGGCGAGAGGUACCACGAAGCCGUGAUGCAAUCCGGGCUCACCUCUUUGCACAUAGCGGGCAUCACCGGCGGCGAGGACCGCCUAUCUGAUUCCCUACGCUCGGGUCUGGAUCUGGAAGCGUCGGGCAAUCGCGGGGAGACAGCGUUGCACCUGGCUGCGUCCUACGGCCACGUUGGCAUGAUCAAGAUGUUGCUAGACGUGGGCUUUUCGCCGCACGCCUGGAGCGAGUCCGGGUCGACGCCGGCCUAUCGUGCAGCCCGUAAUGGCCCGAUCGCAGCACUGGAGCUGCUUUCCGAGGUAGGCAGCGACCUGGAAGCUGUGACAUGGGAUGGGUGGACGCCCAUAUUCGAUGCGAUCGAGAACUACUACGUGCGCGCUGUGGAGUGGCUGGUUCGGAAGGGGGUGAAUCUGAGGCAGAAGAUCCUCCAUGGCUCGUCCGUGUUGGAGUUUGCGAGAGUUGCCGGUGACCAGGCUAUCAUUGAGAUAGUCGAGAAGGGACUUUGA